AUGGAACAAGAUGAAAGGAAUACAAUCGACACAAACACAACAGAUAAUGAAUCAUUUACCUCUGUCACAAAUACAACAUCAAACAAAAAUAAAUCACCUGUAGAACAACAAAACUCACCAAACUAUAGAUUAUUAUACGAAUUCAAAAAACUUUCAGAACUAAUGAUUAGAGGUUUAUAUGUCAUCCCCUCAUUUAACUCAAUUCAUGAGUGGCAUUGUGUAUUAUUUAUUAGAAAUAGAAUAUAUAGAUCUGCAAUUAUUAGAUUUUUAGUUGUUAUACCAGACGAUUUUCCAGAUUCAUGUCCAUCAGUUAAAUUUUUAACUCCAAUGUAUCAUCCAUUAAUUGGCUCAGAAGGUGAAAUCGAUUUAUCACACCAAUUUUCAGAUUGGACUUCAGAAAAAUAUAUGAUAGCACAUGUUUUAUGUUAUAUUAAAAGUAUUUUCCACAACCCAGAUAAAUAUAACUACCCACCUUUAAAUCAAGAUGCAUAUAAUUUAAUGAAAAACAAUCCAGACAAUUUUCAAAAAAGAGUUUCAGAAUAUGUUGAAGAUUCUAUAAAAAAUGUUUAUGAUAAUCCCCAAGACUCUGCCAUUUAUUUUACAAAAGAGUGGAAAGAUAAGAAUCAAUGGGAAAAUACUAAAAAACAAAUUUUAAAACAAGAUAAAGGUAUUAUAGAUCAAAUAUCAGAAUAUUCAUCAAAACUUAAAGAUUUUUUUAAUAAAUAA